UGGCAGUCAAUAGUUGUUUUGAUUUCAUUGUUUUAUUUACUUUGGAAACCGCUAAAACUAGUAUUGAUGUAGUUUAACGUAAUGUAGUUUAAUUUUGAUAGUAUUAGAAAGUAACGUUGAAAAAUGGGAUUUGUCGAGAAGAUAGCUACGUUCAAUACCUGUAUGAAUCAUAUACGAAACAAGGUGUAUUAAGGUGAUAGCUACAAAUAAAGCUUGCGCACACACUUAUUAGGCAUAACCCUAACUGGGAAGACAUAACAAAUAAAACAAGAUGUCUGACUCCGAAGUUCAGUCUGAGAAUUCAGCAGGUACAGAGUUUGAGCUUGACCUGUACCAUGACCCUCGUGUCCUGUGGUUCAAGGAUAGAGUUCUCGCGUUCAUCGGCAUGGAUGAUGAUGAGCUUUUCUAUAAUAUGCUGCAUGAUAUUGAAUCUAGACAAAAGUUCAUCAAGUAUAUAGCCACACCGAUGAAAUCUCACGAGAUGUCGUUGGAAAGAAGGACCAUGUAUGUCUCUAAAAUUAUUGUGGAUAAACUAAUACAUGAGGAUAAAGAGUUUACUGAAUGGAGGAUCAUACCGCCACCACCUCCUCAACCUACUGCGAAAGUCGUCCAGAAACCGGGCAAGAAAGGCAAGCCAGCCGCGAAGCCGGCGCCCGUAAAGGAGGCUAAGCCUGCAAAGGAUGCUAAGACUCCCCCAGUGGAGCCUAAAGAGUCUAUACCGGACCCGGAAGUCGAUUUCGUAAGCAGAAAAAGCCUCAAAACCAUGAGAAGUGUCAAGAGCAUAAAGAGUUUGAAGAGUCUUAAAGGGACGAAGAGUUCAGAAAUGGAAGCUGAAGCUCCUGUUCAGAGUGAGACCGAAGUCGAGACCGCAGCGGGAGCGCUCGGCGACACGGAUGACGAGACGGCGGCCAACGAAAUGUCCACGGAUGAGUCCUCGCAACUUGUUAUAGAGGAUAAAUAUUACUUUCCACCGCCACCCGAGCAUUUAGAUCCCGAUGUCGACGGAACUUUGGAAUUUUAUACAAUAACCAGACAAGUUCCCCGCAUCAUCCAGUACCCGCGUCUGAUCCCCAUCUUCGGAGCCUUGACUCCUCAAACCGCUCAUCGCAGCCGUCGCUACCUGUACUUCGUGCGGCUCACACAAGAUGGUAUCCCUCUCUCCGAUAACGACCGGCUAACCACCCUUAAAAUGUCGGAUUACUUCCUCACUGGAGUUACUACGGGGAAAGUGUUGACGUAUCUUGGAUUGCAUUUCAAUCAGGCUUUCAUACCUUUGUUCGAGAAGCAGUUCCGUGAGAUAACUUUGACCACGGAUACGAGCCAGGCGCUUCUGUCUAGACAAGUGUCGUAUGCUGGCGGACAUCACGCGCAGUUGGACGAGAUAGGGGCACAGGUCAAUUAUCUUCGGCCUUCUGACUAUAGGCGGAUGUCGAAUAUAGCUAGAGGAGAAAAUGCAGAAAGAAGAAUAAAGAACAUGCACACUGAGCGCGAGGACUCUUUUGAAGCACAUUCGUUACAUCGACCUGCCUCCAGUGACGUAGAUAGUCCAUUCUCAAACACAUCGUUUGAUAUACCUGUGGUGCCGGAAGGUAAAACCUCAUCGGCAGACGAAGUGAUAACCGACAUAAAGGAACUCGUAGGAAUUGUUAACUGGACAAUACAACACAUAGAAGGUGAGAUCCAACUGCCGAUGCCAAACAUCCCGCUGCUGAUGGAACACCACACGCACGUGGAGAUUAUUGACCCUGACGUCGUGGUACAGCUGGAGGAGGCUGUCAUGAUGUGGCAACAGCACAUCGACAGCACCAUUGCCGUGUGUCUGGGGAAGACUCGCGAGGGCGACGGACCUGUAGCGGAGUACAAGUACUGGCGCGAGCGAGACGCGGAGAUAUCGUUAUUGGUGGAGCAACUGAAACAGCCGAUGGUCGUCAAGAUCCUGCAUUUACUGCAGAAAGCCAACUCUACUUAUUUGGAGGGUUUUAGGAAUUAUAAAGAGAGACUUGUUGAACAAUAUAACAUGGCGAGUGACAAUUUGAAGUUCUUGUCGACUUUGAUGCGGUUCUUCACGGUGAUAGAAGACGACUCUUCGCUUCCCCAAGUGCUGGAAAUUCUGCCAGAGUUAGUGGAGAGUAUCUACAUGAUGUGGGUGCUGUCUAAAGGUUAUCGGUCAGACGAGACCAUGGUGCCUCUCCUGGCAAGGAUCUCCUGGGCUCUCAGCUACAAGAUAGAGAAUAUACUCGCUGUCCACACGCUCUUUGACAAACCAAACGACGAGGUCCUCUUCCUGUCUCGUCACUCGCAGAAGAUCAUGGAAACUUGGCACGCCUUGUACCGAGAGACCCGCAGGAACAUAGAGCUGAGUGGCAAGGGCGCUCGCUGGGAGUUCGACCAGCCUCUGUUGUUCACACGCACCGACUACAUCGGGACUGUCGCUAAGGACCUCGGAGAUGUGGUGCAGGUCCUUAUAGAUUUCGAGCGCAUAUUCGGCCUAGAACUAAAGUCCAUUAUAAGUGACCCAACCCAAAUCGAUGACGUCCGCAAACGCGUCAAGAACCUCGUCUACCCGAUACGUACGAUCGAUUUCAGCGUCUUCGUUUUCGAUAAUAAGGAGAACUGGGACGCAAUAAUGGGAGAGUUCUGGAACGAAGUCAAGUAUCUGGAGGAUGAGGCUAAGAACUAUAUCAAUCAGAGCUUCGGGAAUUUAAGAUCAUCAGAGGAAGCCCUGACGGUGCUGCUGAAGUUCCUGGAGUUCGACACGCGCGCCUCCAUCCGCCAGCAGCUCGCCACCAAGUUCGACCUCGUCAUGAGGCAGUUCAUCAAGGAGAUCACGGCUAUAGAAGACAAGUUUACUCGAUACCGCAAGAAUCCUCCUCUGAUUCGCAACCAUCCACCAGUGGCAGGCGCCAUCUAUUGGGCAAGAGCGUUGUUCAACAAGAUGAAACAACCAAUCAUGAAGUUUCAGAAGGUCCCAGAGUUAAACGAUUGUGAACAGAAGAAAGAAGCGUUCAUGCAAUACAAGGGCUUCUCUAAAGUUAUCAAGGAGUACGAAGACCAGAAGUACCGGGACUGGGUGCAGGGCGCCGUUGACUUUGUGGAUAACAUGAUGAAAAAGAACGUGCUCAAGGUCGAGUUUAAGAAGGAGGCUGUGGCUACACCAGCAGCUAACCGUGGCAUGGAGCUCACAGCCGCCGGCCGGGCGCACCUCGCUAAGAGACGGUCCAACGUGUCCCUGACGCCGAACGAUGUUGUCAACAAGGAGAUAGCUGAUAAACGACGCAGGGAUAAGGCGUUAAUGUUAAUGAGGAUACCUGGACAGCACUAUGAGAAUGUGAGGUCACCUAGUUCUACGUCGCUGUUAGCUAAAGAAGGAUUGACGGAUGUGACAUGGCGUGACCUGACGGUACACAAGCUCAUGCAGGAGUUCCAGCUGGAGUUCCGGCCCAACUUCAACAGGCACAUCUUCCAAGUUAUACACGAAACUGAACUGCUUGAACAACUAGGCUACGACUUACCGGCAACACUCCGCGACGUUGCCAUGCAGAAAUCUAGAUUGUACUACGAACUUGAGGCUUUGGAGAACGUUAUAGCCAAGUACAACAAGAACACGACGUCGCUCAGCCGUUCUGAGACACAUCUCAUGAAGAAACACCUUCUAGAUAUGGAGAGGCACAUUCUGCCCGGACUUACAAGGGUGACGUGGACCGCGCUCGGUAUAUGGGACUAUAUUAAGGAUAUUACCAAAGUUGAGAACUCGUUGCAAGCCGUGUACAAACAAUUGAAGAUGGUUGAGAAAGAGGUUCAAUUCUUAGUGGAUCAAUUGGAGGCGUUUGAUUUGUUCCCGCUUGUGCGUCCAGUAGACUACAUUGAUCCAUGGACGGAUAAGCCUGAUCCUACUUGGUUAUACCCUUGUAAGACAUAUUUCGUGGAGGUAGAAAACGAGCGUUUGGAACGUAUAGCGCACCUGUCCCGCAUCUACGACCGCAUCGGGCCGAUCCUCAUGAAGCUGGAGUACCUCAUCCUGGGCAGCAGCACCGGCACCUCCGCCGUCAUGACCGCCUACUACUCCCACUGGGAAGAGAAGAUCUUCAAGUGUCUUGUCAGACUGACGAUGGAGAACCUGGAGCAGUUCCAGCACAUGCUGAGCGAGAAGACGCCGCUGUUCCAGGUGGACGCGGUCCUGGUGCCGCCGGACAUCACCAUGCGGCCCACGCAGACCGAGGUCUGCAACAUACUCGGAUACAAUGUUAAACAUUUCUUGAAUAGACUAACCACAUUUCCUCGCUGGAUGAAGAAGACCUGCCUCCCCUGUCCCCCACAACGUAUUGAAGAGACAACUGGCAACGAGUUCUACGUAUUCUCCUACUUCGAGGACAUCCUACGAGUGGCCGCCAUCAAUGACAUAACCAUGUUGAUCCAAGACACCAUCCACAGGCUCACGACUGAUAUCUGCAAUUAUAUCAUGAAAUGGCACAAAUUCGCCCACCUCUGGUCGUUCGACAAGAGCCUGUCGUGCGAGAAGUACGUACAGAAGUACGAUCAGAUCUUCAAAUAUGAUGAGAAGUUCUUCUUCUUCGAGGAUAUUAUCGCUGAUCUCAAUGAACACGUGAAGUUCGUGGACAUCGGAGCCAUCAGAGUGAACCUUAGGCCUGUUAUAAAGCAGGUGCAGGAACAUGCGCAGGAGUGGAAGAAUAUAUUAGGAGCGUGCAUCGCUACGAAGACAAGGACCAGUAUGUAUGAUCUGAAGAAUCAGCUGGAGUCACUUCGCACUACAGUGAAUAUGAACAUAAGAGGUCUGGAGGACUUCAAGCUGGUCAUGGCGACCAUCACUCAGGUCCAACAGAUGACGAUCACCGCCGAGGUCAAGUACCGCACCAUGCAGGAGAUAUUCCAUAUGCUGAGGCAGCACAAUAUUGAGGUAUCCGAUGAAGACCUAACAUACGCGAAAAAUCUCGAAGCAUCUUGGGGUAGCUUAUACCAGACGACUUUGUUCCGUGGCGCUACGCUAGAGAAAACUAAGGAGAAGUUCUCCAAGCUCAAUGUGAUAGAGAUAGCGAACUUCUUGAAGGAGCUGGACGACUUCGUGGAGCGGUUCGAUAAGGAAGGCCCCGGGACCGUAGCUGAUGAUAUGGACCGAGGAAUGGUGCUCAUGGAGGAAUACAACAAAUACUUCGACGAACUUGAAGCCCGGAAGAAGAUGCUCCAAGCAGCUGAACAGCUGUUUGACAACCCGCUAGCUGACUUCUCAAACUUCAACCGCGCCAAAUCUGACUUCACUGCGAUGGAGUCCAUCUACAAGAUAUACAAAGCGCAGAAGAACGCCAGGGAACUGUGGGCUAAGACUCUAUGGGCUAAUCUCAACCCACAGGCUCUAGUCGACGGUAUUGAGCUGUUCUUUAGAGAAUACAGGAAGUUACCAAAGGUAGUCCGCCACACGCCGACGGGCCUCAUGCUGGACCUGAAGAUGAAGCAGUUCAAGGGCGUGGUGCCGCUCAUGGUAUCGCUGAAGAACGAGGCCAUGAGGGAGAGGCAUUGGAAGACGCUCAUGCUCAAGACUGGUCAGGACUUCGACAUGUCUCCGGAUCGCUUCACGCUGGAGAACAUGUUCGCUAUGGAGUUACACAAGUACCAAGAAGUCGCUGAAGAAAUCGUCAACCACGCUAUCAAAGAGUUGGCAAUAGAACGCGGUGUGAAAGACGUACAGGACACGUGGGCGACCAUCGCGUUCACGGUGUCGCGACACUUCAACCGCGGCGAGGACCGCGGCUACACGCUCAACCCCUGCGACGAGAUCACCGUCAAGCUGGAUGAUGAUGCCAUGACGCUGCAGAGUAUGGCGGCCUCUCAAUUCAUCGGUCCAUUCUUAUCGGUGGUCCACACUUGGGAACGUCGGUUGUCUCUCAUAUCGGAGGUCAUCGAGGAGUGGAUGGCAACGCAGCGCAAGUGGCUCUACUUGGAGGGCAUCUUCGUAGGAGGCGAUAUAAGAACACAGCUGCCCGAAGAGGCUAAGAAGUUUGAUGAUAUCGAUAAGGCGUUUAGAAAGAUAAUGUUAGACACAGCAAAGAGGUUGAACGUGGUAGACUGUUGCACCAUGUCUGGCAGAUUAGAAGAGUUCAUAAACUUGGGAAUUGGACUACAAAAGUGUCAAAAAUCGUUGAACGAUUACCUGGAUUCGAAGCGCCGUAUAUUCCCUCGAUUCUUCUUCAUAUCAACGGACGAGCUGCUAUCCAUUCUCGGUAGUAGCGAGUGUACUUGUGUGCAAGAGCAUAUGAUUAAAAUGUUCGAUAAUAUUCGAGCCUUGGAUCUAUACGUUGAUCAUAGCAAUCGUCCUGUUGCUGCUAAAAUGAUUUCCGCUGAAGCUGAGGUAAUGGACUUCCGAAAAGUAGUGUACACGGAAGGUCGCGUAGAGGACUGGAUGAAUCUCGUUCUGAACGAGAUGAGGAACACGAACAAGUUCAUCACCAAGAAGGCUAUAUUCUAUUACGGGAAGAACUGGAAGGUGCCGAGAACGGAAUGGAUCCUAGAGUACCAGGGCAUGGUAUGCCUUGCCGCUAACGGUGUGUGGUGGACAGCGGAGACGGAAGAGACCUUCAUACGAAUUCGUAAGGGGAACAAGCGAGCCAUGAAGGAACAUCUCGCGCAACAGAACGAGCAACUAGACGGACUUGUGGUUAAAGUCAGGCAAGACUUGUCAUCAAACGACCGUCUAAAGUUCCGCACGAUAACGACGAUCGACGUGCACGCGCGCGACAUCAUCGAGGGCUUCGUGCGCGACAACGUGACGGAGGCGAGCGAGUUCGAGUGGGAGAGCCAGCUGCGCUUCUACUGGCUCAAGAGGGAUGAUAACCUGUGGAUACGACAGUGUACAGGUCUAUUCGAGUACGGCUAUGAGUACAUGGGUCUGAACGGUAGGCUGGUGAUCACUCCGCUUACUGACAGAAUCUACCUCACCAUCACGCAGGCUCUGACUAUGCAGCUGGGUGGGGCGCCCGCUGGCCCAGCCGGAACUGGUAAGACAGAAACCACAAAAGACCUAGCGAAGGCUUUAGGCUUGCUAUGCGUGGUCACCAACUGUGGCGAGGGCAUGGACUUCCGCGCCGUCGGCCAGAUCCUCGCGGGGCUGUGCCAGUGCGGGGCCUGGGGCUGCUUCGACGAGUUCAAUAGGAUCGAUAUAUCUGUACUGUCCGUCAUAUCCACACAGCUGCAGUGUAUUAGGAGCGCGCUGCUGAUGAAGCUGAAGAGAUUUACGUUCGAAGGACAAGAGAUAGCGAUGGACAGUAAAGUAGGCAUCUUCAUCACCAUGAACCCGGGAUACGCGGGCCGUACGGAACUGCCAGAGUCCGUCAAGGCUCUAUUCAGACCUGUUGUCUGCAUCCUGCCGGACCUUGAGAUGAUCUGUCAGAUCUCACUGUUCUCUGAUGGAUUCCUUACUGCUAAGGUAUUAGCCAAGAAAAUGACAGUCCUGUACCACGUAGCCCAGCAGCAGCUAUCGAAGCAGUCCCACUACGACUGGGGCCUGCGCGCCCUCACCGCAGUGCUGCGCAUGGCCGGCAAGCUGCGGAGAGACUCGCCCGGUCUCAGCGAGAUCAUGGUGCUUAUGAGAGCUUUGAGGGACAUGAACCACCCCAAGUUCGUGUUCGAAGAUGUGCCGCUUUUCCUCGGUCUGAUCAAGGAUCUGUUCCCGGGGCUGGAGUGUCCGCGCGUCGGCUACCCGGACUUUAAUGCCGCCGUCGCUGAAGUGUUGGAGAAAGAUGGCUAUAUUGUGUUACCUCAUCAGGUGGACAAAGUAGUCCAGUUGUACGAGACGAUGAUGACGCGGCACUGCACCAUGUUGGUAGGGCCCACCGGUGGAGGGAAGACCAUCAUCAUACAGACUCUAGUCAAGGCUCAGACUCUCCUCGGGCUGCCCACCAAACUCACCAUUCUCAACCCGAAGGCGUGUUCAGUAAUAGAGUUAUACGGAAUCCUGGACCCUGUGACACGAGACUGGACUGACGGCCUAUAUUCUAGAAUAUUCCGAGAAAUGAACAGGCCAGCAGAAAAAGACGAGCGUCGCUACUCGCUCUUCGACGGCGACGUGGACGCCCUCUGGAUAGAGAACAUGAACUCCGUGAUGGAUGACAACAAGCUCCUCACGCUAGCCAACGGCGAGAGAAUCCGCCUCGCUCCGUACUGCUCGCUGCUGUUCGAGGUCGGGGACCUCAACUACGCGUCGCCGGCCACCGUGUCCAGAGCCGGGAUGGUGUUCGUUGAUCCUAAGAAUUUGGGGUACCAGCCGUAUUGGGAUAGAUGGCUGCGCAGCCGCAACAACGAGGAGGAACGCGAGCAGAUGGACGGCAUGUUCAACCACUACGUGACGGGCGCCAUCAACUACAUCGUGUUCGGGAUGUUCGGCCUGCAGCAGCAGACGCCGCUCAAGACCAUCGUGCCGCAGACGCCGCUCAACCUGGUGGUACAGCUGUGCUACAUGAUAAGCGGUUUGCUACCGAACCGCGAGGAUUGUAACGAACCUAUCGACAAGACUGUCGUGGAGUGCGUGUUCAUGGUGUCGAUGUACAACAGCCUCGGAGCGGCUAUCAUCGACGACGGCCGCUUCGACUUUGACGUGUACAUCAAGAAGGCUUGUCCCAUGAUGCUCGUAGAGGACACGAUAGAGAAGAAAGCCACCACAAAGCACUUCCCGAUGGGCUUCGGCACUCUAUACGACUACUGCCUAGAACUGACAACAAAAACCUGGGAGGCGUGGGAGUGGCUCGUGCCGGAGUACGUGCACGACAGAGAGAUGAAGUUCCCCAGCAUCCUGGUGCCCACUGUGGACACGCUGCGGCUCACGUGGCUCAUCAAGAUCAUGGAGAGCGUCGAACGACCGGUGCUGCUUGUCGGCGAAACGGGAACCUCUAAAACAGCGAUUAUCACCAAUUAUCUACGGGGAUUACCGGCAGAGAGAUAUAUAGUACAACAAAUGAACUUCUCGUCGCGAACAUCCUCAAUGGACGUGCAGCGCAACUUGGAGUCCGUGGUGGAGAAGAGAACGAAGGACACCUUCGGACCACCGGUGGGCAAGAAAAUGCUGGUGUUCAUCGAUGAUAUGAACAUGCCUAUUGUUGAUACAUACGGGACCCAACAGCCGAUAGCUCUACUCAAGCUGCUGUUCGAGAGGAAAGGCUUCUACGACCGCGGUAAAGAUCUAACGUGGAAGAACAUCAAGGAUGUAGGCUUCUUGGCGUCCAUGGGCAAGGCCGGCGGUGGAAGAAAUGACGUGGAUCCCCGCUUCAUAUCGAUGUUCUCCGUAUACAACCUGCAGUUUCCCUCGGAGAACACUCUCCGACACAUCUACAUGUCGAUACUAAGAGGGCACUUCUCUGUAUUCCCGGAGGAAAUACAAAACAUCGUCGACAAAAUCGUGCAGAUGACCCUAGACUUGUAUAAGAUAAUAAUAGUGGACUUGCCGCCGACGCCCGCCAAGUUCCACUACAUAUUCAACCUGCGCGACCUCUCCCGGAUCGCGGCGGGCCUGUGUCUCACCCACCCCACGUACUUCAGCGAGAAGCGAUGCGUUGUGAGAUGUUGGCGCAACGAGUUCACCAGAGUCAUAUGUGACAGGUUGAUUAGUACCCAGGACAACGACUUGAUGCGCGGCUACAUACAAGAGCACGUCGUCAAGUACUUCCCCGAGGAGGAACCGGUCGUGCUCGAGGAGAUCGUCAUACCAGAGGAGGAGGAGAAAGUCGAGGAAGAAGAAGUCGAUGAAUUCGGGAUGAUAGAACAAAAAGCCGAAGCGGAACCGGAAGCUGAGCCUGAACUUAUGGAGGAAGAAGAAGGCGAGGAGGAAAAAGAGUAUACGCUUGAAGAGUACGUCCUGCGCGACCCGCUGUUGUUCGGCGACUACCGUAACGCACUCGACGAAGAGGAGAUCCGGUACUACGAAGAUCUACUUGACUAUGAGGCUGUGUACUUCUUAUUCCAAGAGAUCCUGGACGACUACAACGACCGCGUGGGCAAGAUGUCGGUGGUCCUGUUCGAGGACUGCCUGGAGCACCUGACGCGCACGCACCGCAUCCUGCGCAUGGACCGCGGCAACGCCAUGAUCAUCGGCGUCGGCGGUUCUGGCAAGAAGUCCAUCUGCAGGCUCGCCUCAUUCGCAGCCGGCUGCGACAUGUUCGAGAUCGUGGUGACGCGUAACUACAAUGAGAACACCUUCAAGGACGACAUGAAGCGGCUCUACAACGCUCUCGGGGUGGAGAACAAGAGGACUGUGUUCCUGUUCACUGCUGCUCAGAUCGUGGAGGAGGGUUUCCUGGAGUUCAUCAACAACAUCCUGAUGAUCGGCAUCAUCCCGGCGCUGUUCAACGAUGACGAGAAGGACGCCAUCAUCAACGCCGUGCGCAACGACAGCGUCGAGGCCGGACACGGGGUGGGCAAGGAUGCAGUGUGGAACUUCUUCUGCGGUAGAUGUCACGAAAAUCUUCACGUGGUCUUAUCCAUGUCGCCCAGUGGAGACAUAUUGAGAAAUAGAUGUCGUAGUUUCCCCGGAUUGGUAAACAAUACGACCAUUGAUUGGCAGUUCCCGUGGCCAAAGCAGGCUCUGUUAGCAGUCGCCAAUGUCUUCCUGGCAGAUGUAGCAAAGAUCCCAGAAGAGUUCCGCCCCAUCAUAGUGGAGCACGUGGUCCACGUGCACAUGUCCAUCGCGCACUACUCGCACGAGUUCCUGCUGCGCCUGCGCAGGAACAACUACGUCACGCCCAAGCACUACAUGGACUUCCUCACCAACUACCUGUCGCUGUUGAAGGAGAAGGAUGCCUUUAUUGUGGCGCAGUGCGAGCGUCUGAUAGGAGGACUAGCGAAGAUCGAGGAGGCGAACGUGCAGCUCGCUGACCUCAACGCCAAGCUAGCGAUACAGAAAGUCAUCGUCGCUGAACAGACGAAGGAGUGCGAGUUACUGCUCAAAGAAAUCUCAAAGGCAACGGAUGCAGCAACGACCAAACAGCAGGUCGCAUCGGUAAAGUCAGCGGAGAUAACAGAGCAGAGUGCGAUCAUAUCUGUUGAGAAGGAGGAGGCCGAGGAAGUGUUGUCGGCGGCGCUGCCCGCGCUGGAGGCCGCGCGCCUGGCGCUGGCGGACCUCGACAAGAACGACAUCACAGAGAUCAGGUCCUUCGCCACGCCGCCAGAGGCUGUGCAGACGGUAUGCGAGUGCGUGGUGAUAAUCCGCGGCAUCCGCGACGUGAGCUGGAAGGGCGCGAAGGGCAUGAUGGCGGACCCCAACUUCCUGCGCAACCUGCAGGAGAUGAACUGCGACCUCAUCACGCAGCAGCAGGUCAAAGCCGUCAAGGCGCAUAUGAAGAAGAGCAAGAAGCUCGAUACUAUGCAGCAGAUCAGUAAAGCCGGAUACGGUCUACUGAAGUUCGUAAUCGCCGUCCUAGCGUACUGCGCUGUAUACAAAGAAGUCAAACCAAAGAAGGACAAAGUGGAAGCUCUAGAGAAAGAAUACACUGAAGCGUGCAACUACUUAGCGUCGCUGAACCGCGAGAUAGAUCGCUUGCAGCGCACUCUAGACGGUCUCAACCACAAGUACGAGACAGCCAUGUUAAGGCGGCAAGAACUCCAAGAAGAGACAGAUAUCAUGAUGCGACGGCUAGUGGCCGCUGACAAGCUCAUGUCUGGUCUCUCAAGCGAACAGAAACGCUGGACCGAAGACCUAGCAGCGUUGUAUGUCGAACAGUCACGUUUGAUCGGCAAUUGUCUCCUGUCGGCAUCCUUCUUGAGCUACGCAGGCCCUUUCUCGUUUUCCUUCAGACAGACCAUGAUCUAUGAGGACUGGUUAGGUGAUGUGCUAGAACGAGGGAUACCCCUGACUAUGCCGUUUACUAUUGAGAAGAAUUUGACUAAUGAAGUUGAGAUUAGCGGGUGGAAUUCUGAAGGUCUACCGCCUGACGAGCUGUCAGUACAGAAUGGUAUCCUAACGACGCGGGCGUCUCGGUUCCCGCUGUGUAUCGACCCGCAGACGCAAGCUCUGUCCUGGAUCAAGAGGAAGGAAACUAAAAAUAACCUCAAAGUGCUAUCAUUCAACGACCCUCAAUUCCUGCGUCAGUUGGAGAUGGCCAUCAAAUACGGAAUGCCGGUGCUCUUCCAGGAUGUCAACGAGUACAUAGAUCCUGUUGUCGACAAUGUGCUCGAGAAAAAUAUUAAGCUGGAAAGUGGUCGUACAUUCGUGAUGCUGGGCAGCACGGAGGUGGACUACGACCCCAACUUCCGCAUGUACCUCACCACGAAGCUCUCCAACCCGCAGUUCAACCCCGCCGCUUACUCUAAGGCGGUGGUCAUCAACUAUACUGUCACUGUGCAAGGCUUAGAAGACCAGCUUCUGAGCGUAGUCGUCCGCUCCGAGCGCUCUGACCUUGAGGAGCAGAGAGAGAACCUGAUCAUAGAGACGAGCGCCAACAAGAGCCUGCUGUCCGGGCUCGAGGACUCGCUGCUGCGGGAGCUGGCCACCUCCACCGGGAACAUGCUGGACAACGUCGAGCUCGUGGACACGCUGGAGAACACUAAGUCCAAGGCCGCUGAGGUGAUGGAGAAACUGGAGCUCGCAGCGACAACAACCCGUGAUAUUGAACACCUGCGUGAUGGGUAUCGGCCCGUCGCCAAGAGAGGAUCCAUUCUGUUCUUCGUGCUGUCAGACAUGGCCGGCGUCAACAGCAUGUACCAAUACUCGCUGUCUUCAUAUCUAGAUGUGUUCUCGUUCUCGCUACGCAAAGCUAUGCCCAAUGUGAUCCUGGCGAAGCGCCUGCGGAAUAUCAUAGACAUGCUCACCAAGAAUGUGUAUGACUAUGGAUGCACAGGUAUAUUCGAGCGGCACAAGCUAUUGUUCUCGUUCCAAAUGAACAUAAAGCUAGAACAGAGCGACGACCACGUCAACCAGCAGCAGCUGGACUUCUUCAUCAAGGGCAACGUGUCGUUAGAGAAGUCCCCGCGGGCCUGCCCCGCCUCCUGGAUACCUUCACAGGGUUGGCAAGACGUUAUGAAGCUGAGUUUGGACUUCCCGAACUCGUUCUCCGCAUUACCUGACCAUAUCUCUAGGAAAUUGAAAGCCUGGCAGGAGUGGUUCGACAGCGACACGCCGGAGUCGGCGGACAUCCCGGACGGGUACCGCGACCGGCUGGAGCCCUUCGAGCUGCUGAUGCUGCUGCGCUGCUUCCGCGUGGACCGCAUCUACCGCGCGCUCACCGACUACAUCACCGUCACCAUGGGCGAGGAGUACAUCACGCCGCCCGUCAUCAGUUUCGACAUGAUCUUCGAACAAACCACCCCGUUCACCCCGGUGGUGUUCAUCCUGAGCCCCGGCUCGGACCCCACGGCCGACCUCAUGAAGCUGGCAGACAGGUGCGGCUUCGGCGGCGGCAAGUUCAAGUACUUGUCUCUCGGCCAGGGACAGGAAGGCACGGCCUUGGCUCUCCUCGAAGGCGCCAUCUCGCACGGCCAGUGGCUGAUCCUGCAGAACUGCCACUUGCUGGUGUCGUUCCUGCGCGAGCUGGAGAAGCAGCUGGAGCUGAUGACCAAGCCGCACCCUGAGUACCGACUGUGGCUAACCACCGACCCCACGCCCACCUUCCCUAUUGGGAUCCUGCAGAGGUCGUUGAAAGUGGUGACAGAGCCCCCUAACGGGCUGAAGCUGAACCUCCGCAACACGUACUUCAAGAUGCGAGGGCACGCGCUCGAGGAGUGCCGCCACCCGCAGUUCAAGAAGCUGGUCUACGUACUGGCGUUCUUCCACGCUGUCGUACAGGAACGUCGCAAAUACGACAAGAUCGGUUGGAACAUAUCGUACGACUUCAGCGAGUCUGACUUCGUGGUGUGCAUGCAGAUCCUGCAGUGCUACCUAGACCGGUGCUACGUGGUCAACGGGCCCAUACCCUGGGCCACGCUCAAGUACCUGUUUGGAGAGGUGAUGUACGGCGGCCGCGUGAUCGACGACUUCGACCGGCGCACAGUGAGCACCUACAUGGAGGAGUACCUCGGCGACUUCCUCUUCGACAAGUUCCAGCCCUUCCACUUCUACCACGAUAAUGUCUUCGAUUACGUCAUACCGCCGGAUGGAGAGAAGGAGCAGUAUAUUGAAUUCAUAGACAUCCUUCCCCUGGCCAACACGCCGGAGGUGUUCGGGCUGCACCCGAACGCCGAGAUCGGCUACUUCAGCCAGGCCGUGCGCGAGAUGUGGGGGCACCUCAUAGAGCUGCAGCCGCAGACCAGUGAGAGUGGCGGUGCUAUGAGUCGCGAGGACUUCAUCGACCUGACAGCGCAGGACGUGCUCGCCAAGCUGCCGGUGCCCUUCGAGAUCUGGCGCGUGCGCAAGCAGUUCGAGAUGAACAUCACGCCCACGCUCGUCGUGCUGCUGCAGGAGCUGGAAAGGUUCAACCGCCUCAUCGACCGCAUGCGUUCCACUCUGACCCUGCUCCGCAAGGCCCUGGCGGGUGAGAUCGGCAUGGACGCGGUGCUGGACAACGUGUCGUACUGCAUGUUCAACGGGCAGCUGCCGGCCGUGUGGCGCGCGCUCGCCCCCGCCACCUGCAAGGGGCUCGGCGGCUGGAUGGACCACUUCAUGGCGCGGACCAAGCAGUAUGCUGACUGGGCCACGAUGGAAGAGCCAGUAGUGAUCUGGUUAUCAGGUCUCCACAUCCCGGAGUCGUACCUGAUCGCGCACAUCCAGAUCGCGUGCCGCCUGUUCACGUGGCCUCUCGACCGCUCCACGCAGUUCACGCGCGUCACCAAGUGGGUCUCCGCUGACGAGAUCGAAGAACGACCUAUCACGGGUUGCUAUGUCCGCGGGCUUUACCUGGAGGGCGCGCGCUGGGACCUGGAGGAGGGCUGCCUGCGCCGCUCGCACCCCAAGGUGCUGGUCACCGAGCUGCCCAUCAUGUACGUCAUACCCAUCGAGUUCCACAAGCUCAAGCUGCAGAACACCCUGCACACGCCGGUAUACACGACGUCUCGGCGCCGCGACGCGAUGGGCGUCGGCCUCGUGUUCAACUCUAACCUGUGGACUGCCGAGCACUGCAGCCACUGGAUCCUGCAAGGAGUCUGUCUCAUCAUGAACACUGACUAAACUGACACUACUUGCAUGACGUGUUAUUUCUAACUCGGACGAUAUCGAUAAUAGCCGUUAAGAACGUCGCUGACUGACUACAAAAGAAAACAUCAUUAUACUUAAUGGCGACUUGAAUAGAUAGGUAUGUGAUGACGGCGGUAAGACUGCUAUUAUUAGUUUUUAGUUUAGUCUGGAUUUUGGUCUAGCAAUGUUCAUAAAGACAUCGGCAAAACUUUUGAUACUGAAAAUGCCUCUAUAGAUAAUGUAUCUACAGAGGCUGUUGCAGAAUAGUAUCUGCAACAGUGCUACUGUAAAUGCCUCUGCUUUCCUAAAACAGGCAAUACUUGCUUAAGAAGAUGCUGAAAUCUCAAACACUGCCCUGUCUGAAACUGUAUAAUGCAUUUUUUUUUAAUUCGCACCAAUUUUCAGUAAUACCAAACUGCACAUAUCCAAACUCCUCUUAAGAUGUUUGCCGCUGUUAAGUUUUGAAAAUACAAAGACUUGACUUCGAUCGAGUCGAAACCUUAGAACGUUAUGUACUUUUAAGUUGAUUACACGUAAUAAUAUAAAUCGUAUUAUAAGUGUGAUCUAAUGUCUAGUCAGCAUAAUUAUGUUGUUUGCAGUAUUAUUAUUUUCUUGU